AUGGUGACGGUACAGUUGGCCUUCUUCAGCAGAGCAGCCACGGGGGUUCCCACGAUGUCGGAACGGCCAAUCACCACGGCGUGUUUGCCGGCCAAUUGCACGCCUGUUUGUUCCAACAAACGCAUGCAUCCAUUAGGGGUGCAAGGCAGAAACAGCGGGUUUCCGUCCUUCUUUGACAGUUCUCCCACGUUGUAUCUAUCAAACCCGUCCACGUCCUUCUCUGUUGCCACGCUGUUGGUGAUCUUGACCUCGCUGAUGUGUUUAGGCAGCGGCAACUGCACUAAAACACCAUUAACCUUGGAAUCCUCGUUCAAGAGUCGAAUUUUGUUCAACAGAGUGAUCUCGUGGGUGUCCUCGGGCAACUUGACGAUGUUGCACUCGACGCCGGACUCUGUUGAUGCCUUCAGUUUCAUACGAACGUAUGCAGAAGAGUCUGGUCUGUCGCCAACCUGGAUAAUUGUCAAGGAAGGCUUAAAAUUAGGCUGUUUGGCCUGGAUCUGCUCAAUAGCCUGUUUGGCGUCCAAACGGAUCUGCGAAGCAAGCUUGGUUCCAGAAAGAAUCUGGGCCGCUCUCCACGCAGCAGACGUGCUGAACCGUUGCAAUCGCACGCUUCUAAAGGACGGAGCUCUUAACAUGGCAAGGAAUCAAUAA